AUGGCACGCUUUUGCAGCCUAUGUCACAAAUCAUAUCCCACGCCGCGCAGUUUUGCCUGCCAUCGCCGCCGAACCCAUCGCCAUCCAUGCCCCCCACUCGUUGAAUCAGCCAUACACUACCACCCUUUCCUGAACGGUAUAUUCCACCCAGAUGGUGCACCACCACCUCCUCGUCCAGAUGCUGUCAACUGGGGGCCUUUCGACGGAUGCUCUGCGUUUGAGAUGGCCGAAUGGGUAUUUGAUGUGAGCCACGAGUCACAGGAUAGUUAUUCUCAGCUGCACCAGCUCCUCAGGGCACAACUCGUUCACGACGGUCUGGAAGACUACAAUCCUUUCUUAACCAUCGACAACAUCCCUUACGGCGAGGCGUCAUGGUCAACAUUUACUCUUCGAUAUAACGGCGACACUACCCCCGGGUCACCGUCUUGGAAGCAUCAGGAGUACGCCUUCCACCUAUGUAACACACGCGAAGUAGCUGAGUAUAUUGUUGGAAACCCUGAGUUCAAGAACUCUUUUGACUAUGUCCCGUUUGAGGAGUAUAUGGGGGCCAAUCGCGACUGUCGCCGGGUGAGCAACCUCAUGUCUGGUCAGUGGGCCAGCGACAAAGCCGACAUCAUUGCACAAGACCCUCAAACCCAUGGCAGCAUGCUCGUUCCCAUUGUGAUGGGUGCCGACAAGACUACGGUUUCCAUUGCCACUGGAAACCAAGCCUUCCACCCUGUCUACAUGUCUGUCGGCAAUCUUCAUAACUCUGUGCGACGGGCUCACGGAAAAGGCCUUGUACCAGUCGCAUUCCUUCCCAUACCCAAAGCGGCGCAUGAACCAGAGGACGAUGAGGAGUUCCGGGUGUUCAAGAAGAAGCUAUAUCAUGCAUGCCUCGCUGCCCUCCUUGAGCCGCUUCGUGAUGGCAUGAUCAUACCUCAGGCGUUAUGGUGCCCUGACGGCCAUUUUCGACUGGUAAUCUUCGAGAUCGGGCUCUUCAUUGCUGACUACCCUGAGCAAGUUUACUUAUCAGGGGUGGUAUAUGGGUGGUGUCCGAUAUGCAUCGCAAUACCGGAGGGCAAAUUUCACCGCGAUAACCCUCGGACCCGUGAGGGUGACGAUGCGCUUCGCCAAGCGCGCUCUGCGAAUGAGCUGUGGGAUCUGUACGGUAUCAACGACAAUGUUCGGCCCUUCACAACCUAUCUCCCUCGUGCCGACAUCCACGAGCUCCUAACCCCCGAUCUUCUCCACCAGUUGAUUAAGGGGACGUUCAAGGAUCACCUCGUCGACUGGCUUAUCAAGUACAUCAAGAUGAACGAACCAAACGACAAAGUCGCGAAGCAGCAUCUGGACGACAUUGAUUGGAGGCUCGCUGCAGUGCCUCUCUUCCCCGGUCUACAUCAAUUUCCACAAGGGAUGAGUUUUACGCAGUGGACUGGCGACGACUCAAAAGCAUUGAUGAAGGUCAUUGUUCUCGCUAUCGUAGGGUACGUCCCGCCAGAGAUGGUGAAGUGUGUCGUCGCACUGUUGGACUUUUGUUAUCUCGCUCGGCGGCCAUCCCACGACAAGUACACUAUCCAUGCCAUGUCAGCGCUUCUCAAACGCUUCCACCAGCUCCGCACCGUCUUCGAGGAGGAGGGCAUCCGACCGGACGGCUUUGUGCUCCCCCGGCAACACGCA